UCCACAAGACGGAGGGGCAGGAAUUGAAACAUAAAUUGAAAUUCCUCCAAUUGCAACAAAAAAGAAAAAAAAAAUCCUAGUUUUUUUGUUGUUGUUUUUUUUAUAGAAUUUAAACAAAAUAGAGUAUUUUAACUGAAUUUAGAAGUGGCAGCGUUCCGAAGGACAAUGUCUACCGCGUAUGAGAAAUCGAAAAACUUUCGGAUUGACGCGCUCCUGGCGCAUGACGCAGGGCAAAUGAUGGAGAGGGAUUGCCUUUCUCCGGGACUGUGUCACAGCAGGGGCUCCGAAGAUAGUCCAGAGUCACCCUCUCCUCAUCUAAACUUUGCAAACAGCUCUUUAACCCAGAUAUCCAAGCCUCAUCUUUUCAACCUGUCUCAGUCAGGAUUCGCCACUAUGCAUCAAGUAGGUAUCAUAGGAAUGCAGGCGGAAUCCGUGUAUCCUCUCACUGCCCUCGGUCAGCACCCUGCCUUGAUGUAUCCAGCCUUUGCUCAGCUGGUUCAGCCUCAUCGGGAGCACACCAAGGGUGGAAACGUGGCCCCAAUGCUUCCAAUGGAUCCAUGGAUCAGAGGCGCAAUGGUGAUGCCAAGAUUUGGAGAGUAUGGAGAACCAGGUCAGUCAGCCUUACUGGGGAAGUGUCGAAGGCCCAGGACAGCGUUUACCAGUCAGCAGCUCCUGGAACUUGAAAAUCAGUUCAAGCUCAACAAGUACCUGUCGCGACCCAAACGCUUCGAGGUGGCCACCUCACUCAUGCUGACGGAGACUCAGGUGAAGAUCUGGUUCCAGAACAGACGUAUGAAGUGGAAGAGGACUCGUAGAGCAAAGGAACAAGUCUCUGCAACAUCUUUGACUGACAGUAUGAUGGACGUGGAGAGUCUUAAUCAUAGUAUCUGUCUUAAUUCCGGCCUGGAAGUGGAAAACGGGAGAGAAGUGGGGGAUGAGUUUGGAGUCGAGGAAAUGAAACAGUUGAACGAAGCAUCUUUGGGCUCAGUCAGCUUCACAAGUUACAAAGGAAGGGGGGCAAGGAGCUACAGUUCUUACUGUAAGGAAGAGAUAAAAGAGAGGAGUGGAACUUCUUAGGAUAUGUGUAAAGACAUGUACUUACUGUAUUUUUAUUUUGUUUUAUAUUUAUUACGCUUUUUGUAAUUGCGACUGAGUAUGCCUUACUGCUGUUCAAGUUUCCACCUGGAACAUCUGUCAGUAAAUUUGUGAUGCUGUGCUGAGGUUGCUUUGUAGCCUUUACACCAAGGGUGAUUAAAGUCUGCCUCAGGAGCUGACGUCAUCCAUGGAGUAGAUGUUUCCCUACUUUAUCACACGAUUUCCUUUUAUUGCAAAUAACUGGCUUUUACUAAUCUGCAACCAUCUAAAUCAGAUUUUUUGAAGCAAGGAAACUAAAACUUGUAGGACAAGAGCCCUCUGGGUCUGACUUUGGAUGCCCCUGUUUUAAACAAUUAUUUUUCAAUCAUCACUUUUCCAUCCAUCUUUACAAGUAAAACAUUCUAGAAAGUGAAAUGAAAAGUGACCUUCUGUACAGGAAAAUACGGUUGAUUAAAAAAACCAAAAGAACUAUUUUGUAGGCACUUAAACGAGAUAAACUUAAUUUAUUUUUGUUUACGUUUUCAGGCAAAUAGCAAAGGGUAAUGCAUGCAAUUUAUUUAAUGUUUUUCUUGCUCUAUGAAAAAAGAACUGUCCUAGUAUUUCAAAGGGUUUUCAUUUGGAUGUUUUUAACUGGUAAGCCUUUGUGUUCUUCUUCAAACUUGAAUAAAAACACUGUA